AUGGCUGAGCACGCUUCGAAUGUCUUCCAGUCGCGCCUCUUCACCUUCCGCUCAGGCGAGAAUGGCGCCUCCACUACUAUCCACUCCGGCGCCGUGGCCGCUGUCUCUACUCCUCUCAAGAUGAUGAUGGAGGAAGAGACCUCUGACGGCCUGAAGACCAGCGCCACUCUCCACGGCGUGCGCGAAGAAGAUCUUCUGCGCUUCUGCGACUUCUGCUACACCUCAACCUACACGGACCCUUACCCUAUUGUCGUCAAGCCUGCCACUCCCGCCAUUGAGUCUGGCGUCAACAAUGGGCCCGGCAAUGGUGCAGGCACUUCCACUGCCUUGAUCACCACCGACGACACCACCACUCAGCCACCAGCUGCAAAGCGCCCUCGCACCGAGUCGCCAGCUCGCUUCAACGGUUUCGGUAGACCUGGUGUGCUCGGCGCCUCACCCGCCCCUGAAGUCAACACGUCGCUCAACUUGAACAACAAACUCAAGCUGCAAAGCGUGUUCGUGAACACCAUCUAUACGACCGCCGCUCCCCGCGUCUUUGGCACCAACACGAGAAAGUCCAAUGGCGUUUUGACCAACGAGAACCACACCAAUGUCUUCAUCGCCCACGCCGCCAUGCACGCCCUCGCUGUCAACUACGAGAUUGGCAAACUCAAGACUCUGUCGUUGCAGAAGUUGGCUGACAAGUUGAUGCGUUUCGAUUGCAAGCCUGAGCGCGUUGGCGAUGUGCUGGCCUUGAUUCGCUGGGUGUACUCCACCGAGUCUCAGAUGCCCAGAGAUAUGCCCGAGCUCAGGGAUGUCGUUGUCAGAUACGUGGCCUCUGAGGUCAGUGGCUUUGGCAACAGCGAAGAGUUUGGAGAGCUGCUGAAGGAGGGCGGAUGCUUCGUCAAGGACUUCUGGGCCAUGGUGUACAGUAGCUUGUUCUAG